AUGUCCACAAGUCACCCGCUGGUGCUGCAAUGGAACGCAGCCCUCAUCCAGAUUGCUCGUCCACCUCAGAUUCCUGGGCAGCAGCUCGCGUGGAGGCUGCCGCUGCCGCCUGCGUCCAGCUGUACGAACACCACCCCCAUGACGACGCGUUGGGAUGCCUGGGGCAACUACACCGACCUGGCGACGUACGGCUACCAGGAGGCGGCGCCGGGGCAGUGGAUCCGAGCGGGUUACGCAUUAUGGCUGCAUGGAACUAUUUACCUGUGCGAGUGGUUGAUGAGCGAGGAGUGCGCGGCUCGGCUGGGCACUGUGGCCUGCUUCUACAGCAAGUACCCGCGAAGAAGCGCGACGGAUGCUCGCGAGGCUUCCGCUGCGGUGCACACCAACGCGGUGGCGGUGGCGGUCGGGCCGCCCGCCGCCGCCGAGAUGGUGCCCGUUACGCCGCUGACGCCGCUCCAAUCUGACAUCGAGUACAACGUACAGAUCGGGCCGGAGGGCGGCAAGUUGGAAUUGUCAGAUCCCAUCGUGAUUCUUGGCAAAGGGCAUUACGGCCGUGUCGUACAAGGCACGUACGGCGGUGUACGGGUGGCCGUCAAGCUUGUGAAUACUGGGUUACUGGAUGGAGCGGUUGUCGUAACGCCGGCGGUGGUGGAGGAGCGGCAGGUGGAGCCGGCGGAGGCGGAGACAAGGAAGCCUCCGGAAGCUCCGCGGGCGGCGGCGGCGGCGGCGAUGACGCCAUCGACAGGGGGUAUGAUGACCGGGUCAACCUUUGACACACAGGUCCACUACCUGGAGGCGGAAGAGGCGGAGGAGGCCGGGGUCACGGAGCAGCAGGCUCAGUUGCGAGCGGUCGAGGAGGGUGUGGCGGAGGAUGGGGAAGAGGAAGGAGAGGUGGCGCGAGCGGUGGCUGAGCCGCCAGCAGAGGCAGUGGAGGCGGAGGUGAAGGAGGCGGAGGUGAAGGAGACGACGGGGCCGCCCGGGGCACGCGGGCUUCUCUCGGGGCUGAAGGUGGUGGACCUGGAGCGGCUCCUGGUAGUUACCGGGGGGCCCGCCGUCAUGUCGACAUCGCAGGUCGCUGGAGGCGGGGGGGUAGGCGGGGGAGGAGAAGAGGAAUCCCAUGCCGGCGCAGCUCAACAAGGAGAUGUGGAAGUGCAGCAGCAUCAGCGGCAGCAGCAGCCGGAGUACGGGACGGCCGCGGCAGCGAUCGUACAGGAGGUCGAAGUGCUCGCCCGCUGCAGACACCCCAAUAUCGUACAGCUGCUGGCGGCCAGCGUCAGUACAGACCUCAAACCAGCCAAUGUGCUAAUAUCGCAACCCGACAGCGACAGACCAAUUGCCAAAUUAGCGGACUUUGGGCUGUCGCGUCUGCUGCAGACUGUUCUCGUUACGCAGAAUCCGGAAGCUGGCACGACGCCGUACAUGGCUCCGGAGCUGUUUGAUAUCACGAAUUUCUUCGUGACAGAUCGCGUGGACAUGUACGGCUUCGGCGUGCUGUUGUGGGAGAUGCUGGCGGGCGAGCGGCCGUGGUUGGGCCUCACCCAAAUGCAGGUGCCCGCGGGUCGCUUGAGGGAAUAUGUUAUGUGGAUGGUGGCCAUUGCCGUGGCAGUUGCCGUACACAGUAGUCGCCCGCCGCUUCACAAGCUGUCCGACGAACGCUGUCCGCUCAAGAUCAGGACGCUGAUUUGGAACUGUUGGAAUUCCGACCCGGCGAGGCGACCCGCGGCGGCUGAGGCUUACAAAACACUUGCACUGGUGCAGGAGACUUUGGAGAAGAGCUAG